AUGACGCUCUUUAGUCCGACGACCGUCCUCGUGGGUUUCCUCCUCCUCUACCUUUCCUCGUUCCUUAUCUUCGCCAUCGUUCGAAUCGCAACGGGAGUUUCUAUUCAGCGAAUCGGCUAUUUCUCCCUCCGCCGCAUUGCCUAUGUUCCGAGAGAAGGGAUACAAAUCGAACUUCGUGGCUUGGGAUUAUCUCUACAUCCUCCGUCCUUCGCGCAACCGACAUGGCUGAGUCUUCGCUUGACGGAAUUGAAGGUGACCGUGAACCCUUCAGCUUUGGGAAAGGGUAAUAGCAACACAGCAAAGGCGUAUGUGCCAGAGCCUCAAAGCUCUUCGGACGUGGGGGAUACUUCGCAAGAUGGAGGGGAGAGCAGCCCGGCACGUGCUCGGCGGAGCAAGACGUGGAAGACACUCACACGGAUGAAGGAGCAGGUCAAGAGGCUUCACAGAAAGAUACAUUGGCUCAAAUUGGUGGAUGUCGUUGCCGUGAAUACAACUAUCAAUCUCCUCGAAGCCGGCCAAUUCCAGAUAGGAUCGCUCUCGUUGGCGGUGGACACCAGGCGGAAAAUGGUGGACCGGGCAAAGGUGUUUCGCCGGAAGAAGGAUGAGUCUGGUGAACUAUGCCCAGCCGAAUGGAUCAUGAAUGUGCGAAACGUCCUACUCGCGGUCGAUGGCAGCGAGCCGGCCGAGCUUCUGGAUCAUGUCCAGGUCAAUAUCCACGGACUCCUCCAUAGUAACCUCGACGGACUCAGGGAUACCUCUAUUGCACUGAAAAUCGGAAGACUCCAUAUUCCAUAUGAUGAACUGACAACCGUCUCACAACGAAUUAAGCAGUUUCGGCGGUCGAGGAAGGAACCUGUCAUCAAUGACACGGACGACGAGAUUUCCUUUGCCGACUUUGUCGAGGAGUUGGACAGACCUGGCAGUCGUGACGAUGUGAUUGUGCAAACGGUCGCUGAUUCGAAAGAAUUUGCAAGCUCCCUGCUACGUGGCAUUCGAGAAAUUCAACUGGCUUUGAGUUUCUUCAGACUGUCUCGCAUAGUCCAGCCGUCUUCUGCCGGGCAGAAAUCGGUCUACUUGAACGUCAUAUCCCAUGAAAUCGGCGUUGACCUGCAUCGCAUGGACCAAAGGAGUCCCGCGCAUCGCAUGUAUUUUCAGCGGGACGACGUCGCACAUCAGGCCCUUCUGGCCGCCAUCUCUUUGUCAGUAAGCUUGGACGAUAGCUCGGGCGAGACGGAUAACAUCGUAUACAUCCCUAUGGCUACCACAACAAUCAAGACUACGCUUCCUUCCAAAACUGUGGGCUCUUUCGAUGACCAUAAUGCGGAGGAGCGCAACACAAAUAUCCUCUUUGCCAAUUUUGUUGUCACCUCGCCCUCUCUCGAUCUAGAACCACAUCAUCUUGACCGACUUCUAGGUCUGGUUCAGACUCGAGCAUCCUCCCCGCGCGGAAAGAAGCGCGACAAUCAUCGACUGAUUUCGCGGCUGCUCCCGAAAGCGAAUAUUAAGCUUUCCGUGCAUGAACCUGUCGUUCGACUCGUCCUCCCCAUAACUAAAGAAUCAGCCGGCUCUGAUGAUGACUAUAAUCUUCUAAUCUCCUCCAUAUCCGCCAUAAAUCUCGAUAUAGAUUCUUCGCACUCGUCAGAAGGUGGAGUACAUUAUUCUCUCUCGUCAGUUUAUCGGGUCGCAGAUCACAAGCUGUACUAUCAGACCCCAACCGGGGUCAAGCACAAUCUGCUGACCACAGAGACCCUGGAACUCAAGGUCCUCCUCAACGCGUCGCCAGAGGUGUGCGUGAUCGCUACGGGGACACUGAACACAUGUUCCGUCCACAUGGUCAAUGGUGAGGUCAAUCGCGGCAUUCGCCAGGUUGUCGAGCAAUUUCGAGCUCAGACGCAGAACAGGUGGAGGGCCUCGAUGGCACGCCAAGAAAGGAAACCGAGCAUACUAAGGCGUAUUCCGCCAUGGUUACUCAAUUUUCAGUUUGAGGCCACGGGCCUCAGUUUGGAAAUCGCUGGAGUGGACAGUACCGUCUCAAAGCUUUCCCGGGGAGUUUCAUUACAGAUGCAGUCGUGGACUGCAGAAUACAGAGCCCAAAAAGCCGAACCGACUCACAUCAAUCUCGUACGGCGACGCACCCCAAGUCACUCCACCAUUGGUGACGAAUCGCCGUUCCGAUUUCCUCCAACAUCACCGCCCAGACAAAUUCAACAUGGUGCUGCCGAUGGGAGACGGCUGGUUUUCCACGCCCGUGGCUUCGAAGGCUUUGUGAUUGAAUCUGAUGACUACUUGGAGCCUGAGCCGUUCUUCUCACUUCCCCGAUUUGAGGUUGCACUGAGCACCCAAAGUGACCGACUUGGUCCUAUCUUUCAUAUCAACUCGGUUCUGAAGGGUGUCUAUUUGCAUUAUUCACUUUAUCGCUAUUACUGUCUUGGAGUGGCGGUGUCUGUUAUUCAGGAUGCAUUCAUUCAACACCCUACAGAAGCACCAACCCAGCCACCGUUCGAAUGGCAGACGAGGGGUUCUGCAACCUCGCCCUCUGUUCCACGGCCACCCCUCAAAAGGAAUGAGCUCAUUACGGUGGAUAUUAGAGCUACAGUCGUUCAAAUCAAAACAUUCCUACCUGCCGAUCCUCCAAUGUUGCUACAGAUAUAUGGAUUGGCGGCUGGGUCUCACCGUCUGUCGUCUCCCUUCGUGAAGGCUCAGCUGAUUCGCUUACAUGCGGAAGCUCCCAAGCUCAAGGGUGUUUGGGCUAGGAUUAUCAGCAUGAAUAACAUCAAGGUUGACCUGCGUAAGUUCAAACUAAAGCAGGGCUCUAAUUUAGUCGACGAGAAGUCGAUAGACAUCUGGGCCGACUUUAUCCGCAUAGGGGUUCCUCAUCACAUGAUCAUGCAUCGUGUCUUCGACAACUGGGUCAGCACUGCUAAAGCUCUUAAGCAGCUCCAUCAUCGCUUCAAGAACCGUUCAUCAGAAUUCAUUUCAGCAAGGGAUCCAGAAGCGCCAAAGAAGGUUCCACGGAUCUCGCUGCGGAGUAAAGCUUUAUUAUUCGAGCUCGAAGAUGAUGCAUUCGAGUGGAAACUAGGUUGCAUCUAUCGGACAGGUCUACUUGAACAGCGACAACGUUUGGCGCGAGAGGAGGCGUUUGAGCUCAAGGUUCAGAAAAUCAGGGAGUCAGGACGGGCCUCCUCCAGGUUGAGAACAAGAUCCAGCCAUCGGACCCUUCGCAGCGAACGGACAAGCCAUGACACCAAAAGGAGCAAAAGUGCUGAUCCGAAGCCUCGCGGCCAUGCUCACGAUACGAAGGGUGGACGGGGGAGGAGAUUUCGGUAUGAUACGGAGGGCUCCGCUUGCCUGUCUUCCGAUUCCAAAAUCUCCGAGGAAAGAGCUUGGUUCCGUCUUCAAGAACACAAUGCUCGAUCUUGGAAGCAGAAGAUUGACGCUGCUUUUCUGUUUCAAGGCAGCUCUAUCAAGGAAAUUCGGAAUCUCUUUUCUGGAGCUGAUGAGCCACCUGAUGAUGCCACUGUGACCGAGAAAAUUCUGGGCAUUCCAAACAGACCUGGUAUCAUGUCAGCCUUGAUAACUGAUCUCAGUCUAGUCAUAGACAAACCGUCUUUCCCCAUUGAAGAGUUCCCAUCGUUUCUCCAUAGGCUUGGAAAGGGAAUCCCUCUAUCCACACAAUACGCUUUGAUCGUUCCAAUGAGCUUCCACCUGAACAUGGGCGAAGCUCGAGUCAACCUGAGAGACUACCCCUUGGACUUGUUGCAUAUACCUGCCUUACGUCCGGGCCAGUCUCCCAGACUCUCAAGUUGGUCGCUUCGAACGGAUUUUGUUAUAGCCGAAGAAUACCGCGACUACAGGUCGUCGAGAAAGGUACAGUUAGAACUCGUCCCAUUAACCGAACUUUCGGACGGAACCACGAGUCCUCCCUUUUUAAUUGAUGUGUGGCGAUCUGUGUCUCCUGUCAAGACGUACUCCGACCCUACCAUCGAAAUCAAUACUAGUCUUCCGACAAGCAUCUCCUGGGGUAUGUCAUAUCAGCCUGUGAUUCAGGACAUGAUGAAAAUCAUAGAAGGCUUCACGAAGACCGAGAUAGACCCGUCUGAAAGAGUUGGGUUCUGGGACAAGAUUCGACUAAGUUUCCAUUCGCGCAUACGAGUUCUAUGGAAGGAGGACGGCGACGUUCACCUGCGCCUUAAAGGCUCUAGGGAUCCAUAUGUGGUCACUGGCUUCGGAGGCGGCUUUGUCAUGUGCUGGAGGAAAGACGUUAAAUGGGAAAUCCACACCAGCGACGAUCCGAAGGAAUUCAUGAGUGUUACAAGUGGGGAGUAUGUGCUGGCGAUCCCAGACUACAGCAACGAGGCUCGAUACGUGCAAGAGGCCACCGCGCAGGACUUGGAGAGCAGUUCUUCUUCAAGCGAUUUCAAGAACGCAACACUUUUCAAGAAGGUUGUGAUGAAAUUGUCGGGCGACGUCCGGUUAGUUGCUGGCUUGGUCUUUGAACGUAACGUAGACGGGGACAAGCGGUCGUUUGAGUUCAGACCGCAUUACGAUGUGAUCCUUCGAAAUCCGCAGUUUAUCGAUCCAGAGGAGCGAAAGGACUACGACGCCUAUCGCGGGUUCCGGAGCAACCACAUUCAUUUGUCCAUCUCGGUCGUUGCCCCUGUGAGCAGGAACUGGGACGUUGACAAUCUUCAGCCCUCAGCAAGCUACAACGCUGUUCACUUGAGUCCGCGAUUUUUCACGCACUUCUUCAACUGGUGGUCUCUAUUCUCGGGUGUGAUGUCUCUCCCAGUCCGCCAGGGCCCUCUUUGGCCUGGUAUCACCAAAACGAGCAAGAAGUUCAACCGCCAUCUCGCUACUGUCAAGUACAAACUGCUCCUCGCCCCUCUGUUUGUGGCUCACAUCUACAAGCACAAGGACCGUGAGGAUUACGCGGAAGAUGUGGUCACAGCAACAGGGCUGAAGGUUCGUCUGGACAGUCUCAAGCUCGAUGUCCAUCAGCGGCGGGAGCAAAUCAAGACGGUAGCAAAGGGUCGCCUGAAGCAAACAAAGACAAGCGCAAUGCGAAUCAACCAAGGCCAAUUGGAUUUGCAGGCGGCGGAUUUCAGAGCCGUCUCAGUUAGCAUUGAAGGAACGAAUCUCGAUGACUUAGGGAAGAACCGGGACGAUAUCAUAUCUUCUUUCCAGCAGCCAGUUCCCUCGGUUGAUUUAUCACGAUUCACUAUCCCAGACCAAAACCUUGAUUGGAUUGAUAUGGACGACUUUGUUGAGCUAGAUUGGAUACUACCUCAAGAGUCCAACCCAAAAACACAUAUACUCCCUCUUGCGUUCACCCCACGUUUCACCUACUUUCGCCAGACCGAUCAUGGCGAUAUAACUCCAGAUCAAACAGGGUACAGCCCAUUCGGGCAUGAGCCCACUCACGAUUGCGUUAUGUCCGAGAGUAACGAACCUCGUCGGGUACAAAUGGAACUGAUCAGGGAUCGCCUCGCAACUGUUGAAGCACAAAUACGGAACUUCGAUCGUCAGAUUGGGGAGCAGGAGCUCCGUAUGGCAAAGGAUGUCGACCAUCAUUCUGACCUUAAGAAGGAGCAUGAGGACUUUGUCAGACAGGCUGAAUCGCUUGCUCGGAGACGUGCCUUCCUUGUGACCGGGCUUCGUCGCCUUGAAAUGCAACUUGCACGCGAAGAUAAAACGCCAAUUGAUAAGAAGCCUGAAAAUUUCGCGAGUGACAGCUCGUUCCGACUUGGUGCUGACUUGGAUUCAACAAACGAUAGCAAGGAAGCGGAUCUCGACGGCUUGUAUUCGUCGCGCAACGAUGAAUACGCUAGCGACUUCAACAACCGCUUCUUGAUCCACAACAUGCAAUUGAAGUGGAACAACUCGCUCCGCAACAUUAUGCUGCGCUAUAUUCAUCAAGUGAGCCAAAGACGAGGUUUCGUGUACUACAUGUCCCGCAGAGCCGUCAAAUUCAUUCUCGAUAUUGUCGAAGAACAAAACAAAAACAAUCAAAGACAGUCUAAAAUGUUCAAGGGCUCGUCGAGGCGGCCUUCCAAUGUGGACACAGACGAGGACAGUGUGGAGGAUCGUAUCGAACAACUUCUGAACGAUACCAAACGCUUUGUCAGUGCUGAGGAACAGGAAAGCGUUGACUCGAACUCGAACACCCAGACCCAGCCAGAUUCUGACAGCUCUAGCGAGAAUAUCGCUCCCGAGUUCACUCCCCAGAAUAGUUACUAUUUACGGUUGAUUGCGCCACAGAUCCAGCUUCAGAGCGAGAAAAACCAGAAGUCAGUCUUGUUGGUGGCAGCGAGUGGAAUGCAACUGAAAGUGAUUUCAAUUAUGGACAAAGAACGUGUUUCAGAUGAUGUCAGCGGUUUGGUGCAGCGGCGCUUCUCUCUUGACAUGGAUGGUGCUCAGUUCUUCGUCGCAACUCAGAAGAAUCUGAUGAAUCACUUGCAGUUCUAUGCCGGUAAUAAGUAUGGCAACGCUCCGGGAUCGGCAUGGCCACCUUGGGUAACGCUCGAGGCCAUGUUUGACUUUGAACUGAAUCCUUUUGGCUUCUCAAGAAUCAUCCAGAAGACUUCUGCCAGCUUGAGAUACGACAAAUACAACAACCUGCGUCUGAAGUACAAUGAGGAAGUGGGAAAAGGGCAAUGCAAACACGCCGGUCCAGAUGGUCAAGAGACCAGGAUGGAUCAUAUCAGCGUCGACUUUCCUCACUUUCGGGCCAUUUGUGACUCGGCUGAGUAUUACUCAUUGUACAUCAUCGUGCUGGAUCUUUUGCUCUAUAGCGAACCUUUGGAAAAGGUCAGAAAUGAACGUCUGGAACGCAUACUUCUCACUUCGGAUUUCAGCGAUUUGAGAGGUGCCCCGGAGAUGGUGUUCAAGCUGCAGUCCCGCAUACGUCAACUAGAGGAGAUCAAAGAGCAUUUUCAGAUCAACGCCAAGUAUCUGGACAAGCGUGGCUGGGAAGACCGGCUGGUGCUGGAAAAGGAUCUGGCUCAAUGCGAAGACGAGUUGUUCUUCUUGAUGAAAGCCAUCACGACAUCUCAAAGGCGGAUCGAGCCGACAACGUCUGGAGCAAAUGGAAUUAUGAGAUGGAAUAUUUCUGCAUCCGAGGUAGUAUGGCAUCUUAUGAAGGACCAAUCUCAGCCUUUGGUCGAAUUCCAGCUACGGAACGCCGAAUAUGAUCGCACGGACAAUAGCGAUGGCUCGAAUCACAAUAUCGUGGCAGUUGAACGGAUAUACGGCUUGAACCUUCUCCCGGACGCCAUCUACCCUCAAAUCAUCGUGCCGUAUCUUGACCAGGCCAAGAACCUGGACGGACCCGACGAAUAUAUGAUUAGGGUCAAGUGGCACAUGUUGGAAGCUGUUGGCGGUAUCCCCGUUCUCGAUGAUUUCGAGGUGUCGCUGUUCCCGCUCAAGAUACAGCUGGAGCGCGAGCUUGGCCAAAGGGUGUUCGAGUAUAUCUUUCCGAAUGUUGGCUCCAAUGGGUUCGAUGGCGGUUUCUCACCUUUCAUGAUCAAAAACAUGAAACCUUUGGAGGGCUCGGAAUCGGAGGAAGACGAUGAUAGCCCAUCUCCGCCUCCAAGCGCGCAAGGCACAGGCGACAUAUCAACCGAGGACCUUUCAGGAACCAAAGGACCCGGCGCUAUUGAGCUCAGAUUGCAGCCUACGCUUUCGCUGUCGGACGAAAAGAGACCCGGUUCGCGUCACAGUUCGUAUAAUCUCAAGGGUCUUGGCAUGACGGCGAUUCACAAGAAAGAGCAGAAGGACAGCAACCGUCUGGGAGUAUCGCAACCAAACCGCCCAGCAACGAGUGCUAGCUCAUUGAGCAAGAAGAAGUCAGUUGAGAGCAUGCGAAUGCUCGCCAGACAGCCUACGGAUAAGUCAUUCGCCAAUGGCUCGACCACCAACGUCGGGGAAGAUAAAGGGAAGAAAUUUACCCUGAUAUCGAACAAAAGCGGUAAAUCCAAGGAAGCGCAAGACGAUCUAUCGCAGAUGAUGUCUCGCGCAUCUAGCUAUAUGUCCCUUGCUCACGUGAAGGUGAACGAUGUCGUACUUUGUAUGAGCUACAAAGGCAAAGGGGAGCACAACCUCGAGGACAUCCAUGACUUUGUCUUCCGACUUCCCGUUCUAGAAUACCGGAACAAGACGUGGUCCAACUUGGAUUUGGCUCUGCGACUGAAGAAGGAUGUCAUCAAGGCUCUGAUCUCUCACGCACCCGCGAUACUUGGCAACAAAUUUUCUCAUCAUCGACCUUCAAAGCAACAACUGAAACGCUAUCGCGAGCUUGCCAGUUCAUCUCAGCUCCUUCAGCACCCGGACAGUGCAUCAAAUGCCCCGGCGGGCAAAACCCAGAGCCUAGCGAGUUAUGACUCCAACAGCGAACAUUCGGAGUCAACGUCUCAACGCUCAAUUCAUUCGGGGACCUCCCCACUCGCGCGAUCGCACUCCUUAGGCUCAAGUAUGCUUAGCGUCCAGGAUCAAGGCACACCAUUCGACUCGCGCUCUGCGAGUGAAGUGGAUGUCGAUGCUCGCUGGGAGCAAUCUCGUAGGAUCGUCAACCCUCCGAACCGGCCAAUCACCUCGAGCCAAGCCAUUGCAAGAGCUGAGACCAAGAUUUGGGAUGGGCCCGAUGAGAGUCACAAAAUGACCAUACGAAGCUUUGGACGAAAGUUGCUGCCAUCCCGAAAAUAA